AUGAGUGUCGACGAAGUUACCAAGCAAACUGAAGACUUGAAGUUGGAAGAACCCGGUCACACUUUGUUCGACAACAAGGAGGACUUCAAGGCCAAGCACCCUUUGAACAGCAAGUGGACCUUGUGGUACACCAAGCCUCAAGUGAACAAGUCGGAAGCGUGGCAUGACCUCUUGAAGCCCGUCAUCACCUUUUCCAGUGUCGAAGAAUUCUGGGGCAUCUACAACUCGAUCCCCCCGGCCAACCAAUUGCCGAUGAAGUCGGACUACCAUUUGUUUAAGGAAGGGAUCCGUCCAGAAUGGGAAGAUGCCCAGAACGAAGAAGGGGGCAAGUGGCAAUAUACAUUCUCCAAGCGGGAAGCUGGCAACAUCAACGAAUUGUGGUUGAGAGGGUUGUUGGCCGUGAUUGGCGAGACGAUCGAAGACGACGAAAACGAGGUUAACGGGAUCGUCCUCAACGUCAGAAACAGAGGUAUCAGAAUUGGUUUGUGGACCAAGGACUGCGACGCCUCCAAGCUCAAGACUAUCGGGGAAAGAUUGAAGUUGGUGUUGCAAUUGAAGGAUGAAAAGGUCGAAUUCUUGGCUCACGACGGGAAGAAGGGCAAGGAUGCCUUGAUUGUAUUAUAG